AUGGGUUUCCUGACCGCAGUAACCCGCGGCCUGGUCCGGGGAGCGGACCGGAUGAGCCAGUGGACGAGCAAGCGCGGCCCACGGACCUUUUACAAGGGCCGGGGGGCCAAGGGCACCGGCGUGCGCGCUCCCGGCGGGAAGUUCGUGGUGAUAAAGGAGAUGGUGCCCGAGUUGGUGGUCCCAGAUCUGAGCGGCUUCCGACUCAAGCCCUAUGUGAGUUACCGCGUCCCAGCGGGCGCGGAAACGCCGCUGACGGCCAAACAGCUUUUUCUGCAAGUGGUGGCCCCUGCCAUUGAGCAGGACUUGAAAAAAGGGACGUUUGACCCCGAGCGCCUGGAGAAGUACGGCUUUGAGCCCACGCAGGAGGGCAAACUCUUCCAGCUGUACCCCAAGAAUUUCCCGCGGUAG